GAUUUAAAAAAGGUCGAUAUUUUUUGACAAAGAGAAGACACGUUUUGUAGCCACGGUAGACCUGAAUUAAUUGGUCCGUAAAAGACCUUACAGUCAGGUGGUUUCCCAUGGAGAUUAUGUACACUAAAAUGGCGGCGGGCUUAGAGGCCGACAUUUAAAACAGUGGCAUGUAAACAACAGGUGAAGUGACCAGUGAACUGUUUGAUCAUACUGUCGAGGUAGCGGAUACAUCAGUACACAUCCUCCAAUGACCUCCAUGGCGGCGGUUCCCCGGGUCUCCGCGGGACAGAGGCGGUUCCCUAACCUGCCCGUCAUUGAGCACCCUAUGUCCAGAAUGAGUAACCGUGAUGAUCUGGCCGUGCUUGGAUCCGCCCGCGGACUCAGGGCAGGACAGUUCGGGAAGAUUUCCUUCCAGGAUCCUGGGUCUGGGGCAAGGGAACCCGCACCCAUCAGUGCAAACCGAGCUAGUGCCCCAGAGCGGAUACUCCAGUGGCCCCCAGUGACUGAAAUUUUCCCUCCUUUUAAAUACCGUCACUCGGCUGCUGAAAGAAUGGGACUGGUAAGAAAAAAGUCAGUCCACAAGAAAAAGAGACACCUUAUAUUGCCAAAGAUUGACAGCAGUCAAACAUCUGUAGCCCAGAGUCAGAGUUCUUCUCAACCUCCAGAAAUUGUUAAGCUCCCCCCACUGAACCUCCUGUUGGACGCAAUAUCUGAGGAAGAGUCAGAGUACACCCAGGGACCCCGAUCUCGCGGUCGCCAGGAAUCUGCCACACCACGCACUAAUGGAGAGGUGAUAGAGAAGAUCAAGGACAAACUGACAACAGGGUUUUAUGGACUGAGGCACAUGUUCAAGGCCAACGACCCUACAGGGAAAGGGACCGUAUCAAGGGAAGCCCUGCUCAGGAUUCUGUACAGUCUGGUGGGAUAUCUCACACAGGAACAAUUCAACAAAUUCCUUAAAGGAACUGGACUGGACGGGAAGGAACACAUUUCCUUUGACAGUUUUGUGGCCUGCUUCAAGGAUAAUGAGGCAGUUCUCUGUAAGGUGGUGAACCGACGUCUCCCUGGCUUGACAGUGCAGAAGGAGUGGGUGAGUCCGCUACAGCGGCUAGAGAAAGAGAAAUGUCGUCACUACCCGGAGGCCGAGCUUAUACGCACAGACACCAUAGUUACCAACCCCUACCUGUCAGCGCCAUACUCCGACACGCUGUUCAGGGAGAAAAUACGCAACAUAGACGAUGCAAGACAGGUCUUUCCCGCUGCAUGUUUUCAGGCCAAUGGAAGAAUUGUGCCCCCGCAGCUUCGAGAGGCACACGCUCAACUCGGAAUCUUCAUGACAGACAGUGAAUUCACAUCACUAUGGCAGCGGUACGACAAAGAGGGUUUGGGAGCCAUCAGGACCAGUCUAUUCUUAAAACGGGCAGCCAUAGAUACCCGACCCAAAACAUUUUCACACCGCAGCAAGACCUCUGUGGAGCUCAAGGUCAGACCGAAAUCAGAGGCCAAGGUCGUGACCUUAACUCACAACAGUCAGACUGAGGAGAGUGAGCCUUCUGCACAGGAUAUACCAGGCGAGACUACACAAGAGACAGCAGAGCCAACCAAGGAAACAGACAACACUGACAAAAAUAAAGCAUCAGAGCUGGCAACCAGUAAAGACUCAGGGGAACCAGACAAAGGGGAGGAAAUCAAGAUCAAUAUCAGCCGCAAAAAGAAGGUUCAGCCAAAACUGGAGAACAUCAUAGACUGUCUACACUACAGGUUUGAGGAGUCUUACAAUGCCAUGCUCUCAGCUUUUGACCUGUUUGACUACCUGAGUGAUGGAUACAUUUCUCGCGUUGACUUCCGCCGCGUUCUCCAGGAGUUUGGUCUGAAUAUAUCUGUGACCGACCUUGACAACUUCCUAGCAAGAAAUGGAGUGAGAACAAUUCGUGGGCAGGUGAACUACAAGGAAUUCCUGAACAAGUUUCAGAGUAAAUCAGAAAACAGUGUCACAAACAGGGUUGUCACCAGCCAACAAUUCCAGGAUAAGAAGUUUCCAGCAUGGCCCCUUCCUCAACACUCUUUGACUUCAGAAGAACUUGACGUUCGAUUGGUCGAUUUACUUCACGGAGAUUUCCUCAAGCUGAUCGGCUACUUCAAGUCCUGUGACAAGUAUGGUUUGGGUGUAAUCACCCCCCACGAGUUCCGCAGCGGGAUAGAGAAGCGGCUAGGGUACCCCAUGUCUGAGCGUCAAUGGGAGCAGGUGAAGUGUGAUGUGGGACAGGACAGUGAUGGACUGAUCCCCUACAACAAGUUCCUCCAGAUGUUUGACGUCCCGCCUGGGUCGUGGAACAGGAAGCAGGAGGGAGGACUGGAUGUCUGCCAGGUCGUCCCUGCCUCUAUGGUGCAGUCCUCGGCAGUGGACCGACUCAGGGAGAAAGCCAAGACCUUCAUGCACUCCCAGCCGGAGGCAGUCGGUGUCCAGCCCCAGGAUAACAUCAGAACCAUCACUGAUGUGAUGAAGAUUUUAGAGGAGCUGUUUCGCAAUAGAUUCCACACUUUUGACAAGCAUUUUCAAGACAUGGAUCGUCGUAAGACAGGCAGGAUGAGUAAAUGGCAGUUCGGUGCCCUGCUUCGACUAUGUGGAGUUAGCUUGACAAACUCGGAGCUGGAUCGAGUCUGGGUCCGACUCAAUGUUUCCAAUGAUGGAAUGUACAGCUACAAGUCCCUCAUCAAAGCGUUCGCUCACAAACAGACCGGGCAGGAUGUCAGGAGGGAACAGACAGACAGUGACACUAGAGAGAUGAUCGAAACUGCUAAAAGAGUGCAGCGAGAGAGAAGGGAGAAGAGCGUGUCAUCCCAACAACAGAAAACCACCACCACCGUCACCACCAACACAGGAGAGGUAGCCACCACCACCCAAACCACCACCGUGGCUUCUGUAACAGAGAACAACACAAAAACCACCACCGUCGACACUGUUGUAGCAGAGAAGGCCCCAGGCACGGCCUUGUCAAUCAAAAGUCAGCGAACCAGGGACCUCCUUAACAAAAUCAAGUCUCAGGUGGUUGGAAAUUGGGAAGGAUUAAAGACAGUUUUUAAAUUCAUUGAUAAAAAUGGCAACGCAACUAUUUCCAUCUCUGAUAUGAAGGAGGUUUUAAAUACCAUGAAGUUUCCAAUGUCUGAAGAAGACAAACGUGAUCUGUGUCAAAGAUUUGACCUACAACGAAAUGGAAGGUUCCACUACCUGGAAUUUAUGAAGUGCUACUCCCAGAACCCUCCUCACCUGUCCAAAUCUCAGGUCUUCAGCAAACACACGCACAAACUAGAGAGAAAGCAGCGUGAUAUUAAAUCAGCCACGGUAGGAUUGGUAAUCAGUAACAUUCAUCAAAAGAUCACAAGAAAAUUGAAAUUAAAUUUAAUGUCAGAGCACAAAAACUUGCGGCGAGCGUUUCGUAAGUUGGACAUAAAUCGGCGAGGUGAGCUGGGGAUUUCCGACUUCCGCCGGGCUCUGGUGGGCUGUAACAUUCGGGUCUCUAACGAAGAUUUCUACCACAUCCUGAGCGAGUUUGACCAGGAAAUGAAGGGCUCUGUCUCAUACAACGACUUCCUCUCCACAUUUGUCGACAAUUUGUGAUCAAGAGCACCUGUUUCUGAAAAGAACUAUAGUUUGGUCAACGUCAUCGUAACAUUAUGAUACUGAGGAUGUUGAUGAUUAUUUUCAAUGUUUUUAGGGGUCUCUUAUUCUGUGAUACUUCUGGUAUUGUUCUUUUAGGCUUUAAAAUUUAACAAAACACAUGUACAUUAAUUCUAUCUUUGUUGAUUUAAUAACAAAUUUUAAUGGAUUUAUUGUUUGUUAAUUAUCUAUAUGAUUGUAUGGUAUCUAUUUUGUUGAUAUAUUUUGUUUUUUCUGUUUAUGAAUUGAAGCAUGUCUGUGAUAAGGAAUAACUUCGUUUGUCAAUGUAACCAGAUUUAUUUAAAAUAUUAACUAGUGCCUGUUUCUAUUAAAAUGUAUAAUGUUAGUCCGUGUUUUCAGCGGAUAAGAUGCUUGCAUAAUAGAGAUAGAUAGAAAGUCCUUUUUUCUACUAUGUAUUAUGUUACAGUAGUUUUACCUCAACUAAUUGUAAUAAUUUCUUAAUUAUCAGAAAAUUAACCGUCCAUAGUUUUUUUUAAAUAAAAAUCCAUGUUAAGAA